AUGGCCGAAUUCGAAUCUGACGUCCCUAAAAUUCCAAACUACACGUUGUCUGAGAAGCAGUUUCUCAUUGUACACGGCCACAAUGAGUCUGAAAAACUCAAACUGGAGAUUCUCGCAUCCAUCAAGGAAAACAGCAUGGCUCCGUAUUACAAGUACUUGACCUCAGAGUUGCCGCAGCAUUUCAAGUUUGACGAGGCCUUCUAUCAACAGAUGGUGGAUGUCAACGAGGAGAAAAUAAAAGCUCUCAAAAAAGAUGUCCAGGAAGCGGAAAGCGAGGAGGAAACAGAAAUAGAUCUUGUGGCUAGCUACACCAAGCUUGCAGAAUACUACACCGAGAUCAUUGAUAGACAAAAUGCCACUGCCACGUACAAUAAGUUGCUUGAGUUGUCUCAAAGCACAGGAUCAAAAAUUGAUAUCUUGUUGACCUUGGCCAGAUUGGAGUUCUUCUUUGACGAUUUGAACGCCGUGUCUAAGAAAUUGGAUGAGGUGGAGACAUGGAUCGAGAAAGGUGGCGAUUGGGAACGCCGAAACAGAACGAAAACUUAUAGAGGCAUUUACCAUUUGGCCACUCGUAAUUUUGGCGAAGCAGCCAAGUUAUUGAUUGACUCCUUGGCGACAUUCACCUCGACAGAGUUGUGCUCGUAUGAGCAAAUUGCGCAAUAUGCUAUAAUUUCCGGGGUACUCUCGUUGGAUAGAGUAGACUUAAAAUCAAAGAUUGUCGACUCGCCAGAGAUCUUGUCCAUAUAUUCCAGCGCCAAGCAGUUGGAGCCUCUUGUGAGCUUGACUAACUCCUUGUACACUUGCCAGUACAACUGCUUUUUCCAGUACCUUUUGGAGACGUACGAUGAGUUGUUGUUGACCAACAAGUUCCUCAGAGUUCACGCCAACUACUUCAUGAGAGAGAUGAGAUGCAAGGCUUACGCGCAAUUAUUAGAGUCGUACAAGUCGUUGUCAUUGAAAUCUAUGGCCCGCAACUUCAACGUCAGCGAGGAGUUUUUAGAUGCGGACUUGUGCCGUUUUAUCCCCAACAACAAGUUAAACUGCUAUAUUGACAAGGUGAAUGGAAUCAUCGAGACCAACAGACCAGACAACAAAAACAGCCAGUACCACCAGUUGAUCAAACAAGGAGAUGGUUUGUUGACGAAGUUGCAGAAGUAUGGUGCUGCUGUUAAGCUAAGUGGAGCGGAGAGAGUGGCCUAA